AUGCAUCGAGAGCAAGUGCCACUGCGAGACUUUCAAACCGCGUUCCGGUUUCACUCGAACGAGGCCGUCGAGAACCGAGGAUUCAUGCUCCGCGUGCGCCAGGUGGCCUGCGGGGACAACGGUGGCUCGCUGUUCGACCGUGGCUCAUCCCCGCCCCAAUACCCGCACCACCCAGCACUCGGAGCCGGGGCCCCGCCGCCGGCCGGCGGACAUCCCCUGGGUCCGGCCAUGUUCACGCCGUCCGGGGACCCAACCUUCUACCCGCCCUCUAGAGGACUUCCAGGCGGAGCGCCUCCGCCGGCUCUGGGACGUCCCGCGCUCAGCGGCGCUCCAUUGGGACCUCCCUCGUACCCGGUGCCUCCUCCGCUGUCACCUCCCGGCGGCGGGCCAGGCCGAGGCCAGUGCGACCGAGCCUUGAACGAGCCCUACUUCGAGCUUCGGAGUACAGACCUAGGCACGCGGGACCUUGACUGCAGGUGCGACGGCGAAAGCACAUGCUCCUUCCUAUACAUUCCCGGUGCUUAG